AUGAACAUGACUUAUUACUCCAUCCUUUUCAGUAUGGACGAUACUGAUAAACCUGAUCCUAUACUUAAACAAGUGCCAUUGAUCAAAAAUCCAUCCUACCAACCACCGAAAGCGGUAUCAUUAAGGACCAACUAUAGCAAGCUUUUACCGGCUUUGCCACGCACAGUGGCUCCACCAAAUCUCAACAUCACCAAAGAGGAUAUUGAUAAAUGGCUGAGAGAACUUAAUCAAUUCAAAGAUAGGAUCGGGAAUGACCGGCAACUGGAUACUUUUGUUACUAGCUAUGAGAAAUGGAUCAAAGAACAAAGUACCAAAGUAGCACCCGGAUUUGAUUACACCAUUCUCACACCAAGAAGGUGA